AAAUAGAAACGCAACCCAAACAGCGUUUUGCAAGAAUCGCGGCCGAAGGACAAACACAAUACUUGACUUGUGUCGUAAUCGCGCUAGAUCCGCAGGUCACUCAGUUCGAGAGUCUGGUUAUGUCCGAUGAUGUUCUAAACGUCUUCUACAAUCGCAAGACGAAACGUUUGCGACUAGUGCAGAAAAAAAACAAUGAUUAAACAAAGAAACGACUAACUUAAAUGACACGCACAGCUUUUCGUUAAUAGUCAAAUGUCAUAUACGCGAAGACUGGUGUACAGAGUUUCGCGCAUGCGAAGCUGUGUCAUUUCAGGGACUUCCCCUUUUCUUUGGUUUUCAUGUAUUUAGAGAUAAUGAAAGAUUGAUCUGAAAGUCGAUGUCAGUUUCAUCUACUUCGUCACAUCACUUCUUCCACAAAGAGAGAAACGUAAAGAACAGACAAAUCCCGGAAAUAUGUCGUAGGAUUAAGAAAGAAAUGAAUUAAAUUUCGAGAAAAGCGUGCCAGGCACCAGAAACCCCCUCCCCUAGGGGGGAUGGGAAAACUACCUUAUAAAAGAGAGGGGGUGCCCGUAGAAAAUUUUCAGAAGAACCUCUUGAAGGCGCCAAAGACUCGUUUUGUGAACGUUGCCUUAAUUCACUUUCACUGCAAACAGCACAUUUACGAGCACCUUCCUUCCCCCCUCAGUAGCCAAAAUCGUGCUUGUGGCCAUCAAUGAGACCCCAAGUUGACCCCGUUUCAACCAUGAAGCCAAAUAAAGCGAAAAGGAAACACAAACAAACUAGCAGACAAGCGAUAUUGUUCUCACUUUAUGCCUGCAAAUAAACUAAAGGUUAGGGGUUAGUUCAAUGCAGUGUAAAUGGCACGCGGUAAAUAAACGAGAAGUUAUUCUUCUUGUAUAGAAGCUACUUUUGAAAUAGUCUGAUGUCCUCUAGACUGUUGAUUUGUUUUAAGCCAUUGUAUUAAGCUGUGCAUGCAUAAAAGUUGUUCGCAUCCCCGACAAUGAAGUAUUUCUGCUACUCGAAGUAAUUGCAUAUCAUGCUGAGACCGAGACCUGCUGUCGGUAAAUUAAAGCCUUUCAAGCUUUCUGUGGCUUCGGUAAUAUGGAUUCUUUCCUCAUUUUAGUAUUAGCCCUUAGUGCCAGCCAAUAUGGCGUCGAUGCUUGCGGAGGCUGCGGUCCUUCGCCGAGACAUGGCGGAUGGGGCCGAUGGCAGCCAGUUAGUUGGCAGGAAACCCAGUGCUCAAAUGGAUAUAAAACCAGAUACCGCUAUUGCAACGAUCCUUCCCCAGCUCACGGUGGGCAUGGCUGCAGCGGAAGUAGUAGCAAGCGGAUAGACUGCAAUGAAUGUGACUACGGCAACGGAGGAUGCGAACAUAUAUGCGUAAACUAUGUUGGUAGUCACAGCUGUAGAUGCUAUCCUGGUUACGAGCUUUACUCGGGAAAGAGAUGCAGACGAAUCUCUUGUCACACAAGCGAUUGGCCGCCGCCAAGUAAUGGACAGAUAUCGUCACCUUGUAACAGUAAUUCACAGGUGCGCUCUGGCACUUAUUGCACGGUCACUUGUAAUAAUGGAUAUAAAUUAGACGGACCUUCAAGCUCUGUUUGUGGCAGCGACGGCGAGUGGGAUCCAAGAUCAACUCCAAACUGUCGAGUGUUCGAGUGUCAAGCCCUAAGUGCCCCGGACCAUGGUCAGAUCACUCCUGAUAUUUGCAAAACAAAACCUCUCCAUGGUCAAGUAUGUUCUUACGAAUGUAGCGCAGGCUACGCACGCACUGGGCCUAGUUCGAACACGUGUAACAAUGGCUUCUGGACACAAGGAGGAUUUCACUGUCAGGACAAUGAAUCACCUUCAUUUGGCGAAACCUGUCCAUCUGCACAAAGUGUUUUCGCGGAUGAAGGAAAAUCUUCAGCCACAGUGAGCUGGGGACCAGUUACAGCUACAGAUAACGAUCAAGCUAGCGUUACUGUGUCCCCUCAAGUGACGUCACCACACGUUUUUUCUGAGGGAAGCCAUACCGUGGUCUACACUGCUACAGAUCCGUCGGGAAACACGAAACUCUGUUACCUUCGAAUUACUGUUCAAGCUCUUCGAUGUUCUGUACUGUUCGCACCUGCAAACGGCAGACUGGAGAAUGCGGCCUGUGGAAAUGUCUAUGGAAGCUUAUGCCGACUGGCAUGCUACAAGGGGUAUGAAUUGAAAGGAUCUGUUGAGAGGAAGUGCGACAAGAUAGCAGGGACAAAUGUGGCCCAAUGGACAGGAAAUACAACUUCCUGUGAAACUAUCCACUGUCCAUCUCUAAACACUCCUGAUCACGCCAUUCAGGCCGGGUACGGCUGCGGUGGUCCAAGCUCUAGCUACAGCACAUCCUGCUAUUUCAGUUGUAUGUUGGGAUACGAGGCUGUAGGAGGAUCACAGAAAAGAACUUGUCUGGAAACUGGACAGUGGAGUGGAACCGAACUUCAGUGCCAAGCGAUCACCUGUCCUUCAAUUACUAUUACGUCGAAAGGACUGGACAUCACCCCCUCAUUCUGCACCAAUGCAAGCGCUGUCAUUCAUUACGCAACAGAUUGCCGAUUCACCUGCAGGAGCGGAUAUCAACACCAUGGGUCUGGGCUGAAGACUUGUAACCAGCAGAAGACCUGGUCUCCAUUAGGGAAUCCAUGGUGCAAGGAUGUCUCGGCACCAGUAUUUUCAAACUGCCCAUCAAAUAUUGUAGCCACCGCUGACAGAGGUACAACGUCGACACAGGUCACUUGGUCUCAUCCUUCAGCUACAGACAACUCCGGCCUCAUUCCCAACAUAACACGCUAUGGGAAACUACCUGGGGACUUAUUUCCUGCUGGAGAACACAACAUCCGGUACUUGGCUUUAGACAAAACAGGGAACGUUGCCGAAUGCAAAUUUAAAGUCUUCGUUUCAGUGGUCCGCUGCCUGCCAAAGUUGUAUUCUCCAGCUGGAGGUUCCUUACAGUGUACCAAAGACAAUCAGUAUGGAUCAGAAUGCUCCUUCGCUUGUCAGGAUGGCCACACCAUGAGUGGCUCUGACCGCAGAGUCUGCGAGAAAGAUCCAGUUACAGUCACCUUAAUUUAUCUUUCCUUAGUGGUGAAGUGUGCUCGACUCUUCCCCCCUCCUCACAGCAUACAGUCUGGCUGCGGAGGCGAUUCCUUGUUCAACGUUUUUGGUGACAAAUGUCUUUUAUACUGCGCCCGUGGCUACCACCGGGUUAACGGCUCGACUGAGAGGGUCUGUCUAGCAAAUGGCACAUGGUCUGGUGAAGAACCGUACUGUCAAGUUGUCCGCUGUAAGGUCCUUCUACCUCCAACGGAUGGUCAGGUGACACCACACUCCUGCACGACUUCUCCUGAAUACGAUACUACAUGCCACUUUUCUUGUCCCAAAGGCUAUAGGCUGCACGGAGAACCAAUAGCGACAUGCCUUAGCGACGGUCAGUGGUCGAAAAACACCACUUCUGUUUGCAAAGACGUGGAAAGACCCUCCUUUGGCGUUACUUGCCCCAGUGAUAUCAAACGUUACGCAGACAGGGCUAACAACUAUACCACAGUAAACUGGGCACCAGUGGUUGCCACUGAUAACUCUGGCGUGGUAACGAGUGUGACCGAAUAUGGUGUGCCAACCGUAAAUAGAUUCUACCAAGGACGACACCGGGUCACUUACAACGCCAGCGACGCAGCAGGGAAUUACAAAGUCUGCACGUUUUUCGUGACAGUCGAGGUUUUACGAUGCCAAACGUUGUUUCCUCCACUGAACGGCUUUGUAGAGGGAGAAUGUGAUAACACCUACGGCUCCACAUGUAAAAUGACGUGCAACGAUGGGUACAACUUGCUCGGGUCUGACAUUCUUACCUGCCUUAAGAAACCGGGCCAUAUUACAGGAUACUGGGACGAACCAGUACCAGUCUGUAAAAUACGGUCAUGUUCUUCCCUAAAUGCACCUCGGUAUGGUUUUAUUUAUCCGCACAUGUGUACGUCUUUCCCAGUCAGCGGAACCAUCUGCUAUUUCGAAUGCAGACAUGGUUUCCUUGGAAACGGUGGAACUACUGAGAUUCUUUGUGGGAAUGAUGGAAAGUGGAGCAAAAAUGAAUCGUCAAUUUUGCAAUGCCUUGAUGUUACUGCACCAGUGUUCAUGAGGUGUCCUUCAGAUAUUCGUGCAAACAUCAAUGCAAAUUCUACAGCAUUGGUUAACUGGACCCUACCCGUCGCGCUGGACAACAGCAAUCUAGCUCCACAAUUGACGGUAUUUCCACCAGGGAUUAGCCCCCCACAGAUCUUUAACGGAACUGCUUUAGUUGUGUACACUGCUAGGGAUGCAAGUGGGAACAAGAAAGAGUGCUCGUUUAGAAUUAUAUUAGAAGACAAUUUAGGUCCCCAGGUGGUAUAUUGUCCCCCAGACCAAAACAUCACCGCUACGAAGACGAGAACAAGAGUAAUGUGGAAUGACCCUCAGUUUAAAGACAACAGCAACAGUCCAUUGGUGAUAACAUGCAGUCAUCAAAGUGGAACUGAGUUCUACUGGGGGACCUGGAAUAUACAUUGUACAGCCUAUGAUAAUAAUCCCAACAACAAGCCUGCUGUUUGCCAGUUUUCACUAACAGUUAAACCCACGGAGUGCAGUUACCUGCCUCCUCCCAAAGGAGGUGCAAGUGGUUGUGACGAGUGGAUGUUUGGAAGGUUCUGUUCGCCUUUUUGCAACAACAAAUCGGACUUUGCUCAACCUUUGCUUUCGAGUAUGUGGGUUUGCGGAGCAUCAGGAACUUGGAUGCCAACCAAUCGUUUUCCAGACUGUACAAGGGUAUACCGCCCCAACGAUGUCAGGAUGGCAAUGGAUCUCCAUUACUACUAUGGUGACUGUUCUACACCAGAAGCCCAGGCUCAAAUUAAGCAGAACUUUAUCCAACUGUUGAACGAGUCUUUCUUCAAAGAGGUCUGUCAGGACCCAGCACUUAAAGACAAGUGCAAGGUAGAGAACGUGGAGGUCAGGUGCUCUGCGGUAGUUUCGGUUACCAGUAGGCGAAAGCGUUCAGCAGAAAAUGCAGAUGGCCAUAGAAGAACUCGACGAUCAAUUCCAAGAACCACAAUUACUCUAGAUAUCGUUGUGGACCUCGAAGGCAUUGAAUCAAAUGACACCAAAGAAGGCCAGGUUAUGAUUGGCGAGGAAGGCAUGAAAAUUUCCAAAAAUAUCAGCAGCCGGAUAAAAGCUGCGGUUGAAAACGGCAGUUUCAGCCUCAACGUCAGUAGCACUGUGUUCGCUACUAAUAGAAAGUCGAUGAAUAUCUCAGAGCCUCAACUGUUUUGCAUCAAAGGGCAAACGUUCAGAGACGGAUAUUGCCUCAACUGCACACUGGGUACUUACUUAAACAGUACCACUGGAAAGUGCGAGGACUGUCCUAUCGGAUCAUACCAAGAGCUCAGUGCGCAGGAAGAGUGUUCGAUGUGUCCAUCGGGCACUUCAACAACUGGCUCCAGAACAGAGAGCAGCACUAACUGCUUAGGUCUCUGCAAACCUGGUUCGUACUCCCCAACCGGCAUGGAGCCUUGCUUUCUUUGUGACAAGGGUUAUUAUCAGGCCAUAGAAGGUCAAGAGUCGUGCUUACAAUGUAGUCCGAAUAAGACAACUUCUGGUGAGGGAUCCAACAGUUCUGUGCAAUGUGGAGUUCCAUGCCCAGCUGGAUCAUUUUCGCCAACUGGACUGGCUCCAUGUUCUUUAUGCGAUCGACGCUCUUUUCAGCCGCGCAAUGAGAGUCGAGUGUGUUUUUCGUGCCCAGGAACAACUAUAACACUGAAACCCGGAUCAAAGAAUUCACAGGAUUGCAUAGAGAUAAACGAGUGUGAUUCUAACCCUUGCUUCAACAACUCCACGUGUACCGACCUCAUCGGCGAUUUCCUGUGCUCCUGUCAACCUGGCUACACCGGGAAACAGUGUGACACUGAUAUCGACGAGUGUCAAGAUCAACCAUGUUUCAACAAUGGCACAUGCCAAGAUCUGGUCAACAACUAUACCUGUUCCUGUGCAAGCGGUUUCCAAGGCUUCAAUUGCGAAGAGGAUAUUGACGAGUGUGCUUCAUUGCCGUGUUCUAACAACGCCUCUUGCAAAAAUCUCCCUGGUAGUUAUCAGUGCCAGUGUGAGCCCGGGUACACGGGAAAGCUCUGUGAUACGGACAUUGAUGAAUGCCUGUUAUCUCCAUGUCAGAAUGGAGCUACUUGCAGAGAUAGAAUAAACAGCUACGAGUGCGUCUGCCCAGCGGGUUUCCAAGGCAACGACUGCGAAGAAAAUAUCGAUGACUGCGCGAGUGAUCCUUGUCAAAACGGGGCCAACUGUCUUGAUGGCAUUGACAGUCACCAAUGCAUUUGUCCUGCAGGUUUUAAUGGAACCAACUGUGAACACAAUAUCAACGAAUGUGCCGGCGCAAACUGCAAAAACAAUGCUACAUGUUUGGAUCAAGUCAAUGGGUUUCAUUGUAUCUGCGCGGCCGGAUUCUCCGGGUUAGCCUGUGAGUUCAACAUCGAUGAAUGUAACUCAAACCCCUGUCAAAAUCAAGCGAACUGCGUGGAUAUGGUAAAUAGUUAUCGAUGUGACUGCCGGGAUGGAUUUGAUGGACUGCACUGCGAAAACAACAUAGAUGACUGUGCAGCAAGUCCUUGUUCAAACAAGGGGUCGUGCCAAGACGGUGUGAACAACUUUACCUGUUUGUGCCAGCUAGGUUUCACUGGUAGAAUCUGCAAUGUAGACAUCGACUACUGCGCCCCGACGCCUUGCUUGAACAAUGGAACAUGCUUUGAUAGCACCACUUCCUUUACUUGCCAGUGUCCAGAUGGUUUCGACGGAGAUCAGUGCCAGAUCAAUAUUAACGACUGUGAAAAUGCUACUUGCUUAAACAACGGCAAUUGCAUUGACGGUAUAAAUGAGUAUAGAUGCUCUUGUGUCGAUGGUUUUGUUGGUAUCAGCUGCGAAAUAAACGUGGACGACUGUGAGCAGAAUCCUUGCGUGAACGAUGGAACUUGCGUUGAUCUGAUAAAUGACUACCGAUGCACUUGCAAGAAGGGAUACACAGGAAAGAACUGUAGCAUUGACAUCGAUGAGUGUUCUAACACUCAAUGUCGCAAUAAUGCUACUUGUAUCGACAAAGUUGGUAAUUACACUUGUUCCUGUGUUGAUGGAUUCAGCGGACCACAUUGUGAAGUUGACAUCGACGACUGCGUGGUAAAUUCCUGUGGUAAUGGAUCCACGUGCAGAGACGGAAUAAACAGCUACACUUGCGACUGCGCUCCUGGGUUUUUGGGCGACGAUUGUACGCUGGAAAUUGAUGAGUGCGCAUCUUCCCCUUGUUUCUAUGGCGGGACAUGUAAUGAUCAGAUUAAUGGCUUCGUUUGUGUCUGCCCCGAUGGAUUUACAGGUUUGCAGUGCCAACAAAACGUCGAUGACUGCAAAUCCAAUCCGUGUGAAAAUAACGGCACAUGCUCAGAUCUGGUGUCAAAUUACACCUGUCAUUGUCAAGUGGGUUUCAGUGGCUAUAAUUGUGAAAAUGCUGUUGACUACUGCAGAACAGCCAACUGCAGCCAAAAUGGCGUCUGUGUCAACACUCGCACAGAAUUUCACUGCAACUGUAGAAGUGGAUACUUUGGGAAAUACUGCGAGCUUGAAAUAGACGAAUGUUUGGCAAGACCUUGCUUUAACAACGCAACUUGCCAUGAUGCCGUCAACAAUUUUACUUGCUCUUGUGCUGAUGGGUAUACAGGCAGGUUAUGUGAGAGCAAUAUUGACGACUGCGUCAACAAUAGCUGCUUGAACAAUGCUACUUGUGUCGAUCGUACUCUAGGCUACUCUUGUCGUUGCUCAGAGGGCUAUAAUGGAACGUACUGUCAAACAGAGAUCGACGAAUGUGCAUCAAGCCCCUGCACUAACAACGGAACUUGCGUCGAUCUGACACCGGGAUACAAAUGCCUUUGCCCAGACCAAUUUGUUGGCGAAAACUGCGAGAACCUUACAGACUUCUGCCUUUCAACACCGUGUCAAAAUGGAGGUACAUGCAAGUCUGAUAACUCGACAAGGAGCUUCACUUGUUCUUGCAAAACUGGCUUCACUGGAGCCACAUGUGAAGAAAACAUUGAUGACUGUGUCUCGGGUCCUUGCAUGCCAAACUCCUAUUGCCAAGAUCUGGAGAAUGGUUACAGUUGUGAGUGCUACCCCUCUUACACUGGAGACUCCUGUGACAUCUUUCUUGGCAGUAAUUACGAUCUUAUAUUUGAUCGUAAGACCACAGACGACAUGGUUUUAUUAUCAGACGGCAAAGGCAUUCCAAGCAUGCGAUAUUUCACCAUCGCUAUGUUUGUGCGAGCAGAUUCCAGAUACAAAGCAGGCACACUGUUCAGCUACAGCGUUGCUGGACAACCAGAAUCAGAUGACGUCAUUGUUAUUUCAUUUACUGAGUCUCAGAUUCAUCUGGAGAUUAAAGAUGAAGUGGUUAGAGCCGAUUACAAAUUAGCAGACGAUCAUUGGCAUUACUUGGGGGUCGUGUGGAACGGAAUCACCGGAAAUGUUUCGCUGUACAUCGACAGAGAGGAAAUAAAAAAGGCGAGCAAUGUCAAAAUCGGAGAUAUUAUCACAGGAGGUGGAUGGAUUGUACUUGGCCAGCGGUAUCUCGCAGAAGAGCAGACAACAUCCCUUUCGACAGCUUUUGGCGGCACGUUGCAUCAAGUAAGCCUCUGGGAUGUGCCAGCAACUGCUGAUCACAUGUGGAACGCGGCCCAUAAUUGCACGUGGCCCAUUGCCGGAAGUGUACGAGCAUGGAGCAGCUUUCUGUCAGGAAUCAAAGGACAAGUAGGAAAGAGGUUCAUGACGCAAUGCAAAGGUAUUUGCUAUUGCACAACUAACUGCUCGCACUUCCUUCACUGCGAGUCUCGCCAGGGACUUUACCACUGUAAAUGCCAAGCCGGAUUCUCAGGUCCUCACUGUGACAUCAAUAUCGACGAGUGCAGAUCAAACCCCUGUAUUAAUGGCAGGUGUGUAGAUGGUGUCAACCGAUAUGACUGCGAGUGCAACAAAGGAUACUGGGGAACCGACUGUGAGAAGGAGAUCAUCAACGAACAAGAGUGUCCCGAAUUUAAAGAGCCCAGUAAUGGAAAGUUAUCUUGUCGGAAAGUUUCUGGUAAGCUGCUCUGUAUCAUGUCCUGUAACGAAGGUUACUCGUUUAAUUCCGAGGCGAUGACUAUGUAUGGCUGUGGUCCUGAUACAAACUGGAAAUGGAAUGACAUGGAGGAGCUAGUACAACCAACAUGCUCAAGCAAGGCUGCCCCCAAAGAGAUAGAACAUCGCUUCAGGAUAAAGUUUCCUGGUAUGCAAUGCAACAUCAUCCAAAGUCACGAGGAGUUGCACUCAGCAGUCGAGAAGGAAAUUCAAGACACGCUAACCACUGUACAAGGAUGCCAUGCAUGCCAACUGAAAGAUGUCGCAACUCCUGGAUGCGAGUCGACAGCCAGUAAAAGGAAAAGAAAAGCAGUGGAUUAUGCGAUGGAAGUGCUUUUCUCAGUACUCGUAAAGGGAGGUACAGAUUCGUCUUCGCCCGGAGAUGAUGUCGAAGAGAUGAGCGAAGCGGUCUUGUUUCAGAUGCGGUAUGCUGUCGCUACAGGACAGUUUCAGAUAGCUUUGAAUGGAAUGAACAGUACGGCAGAUAGAUCUUCAUUACGACAUCUCUUCUCCAGUAUAACUUGUGCUGCUGGCUUCGUUACGAGCGAAGAUCGAAAGGGAUGUGUGGCUUGCCCAGUUGGAACAUGGCACGAUCAAAAGAGUUUCAAGUGCAUCCUGUGUGAUAAAGGUUCUUACCAAGACAAGGAAGGACAGACCAGCUGUGCAGAAUGUGGUGAAGGAAAGUCGACCGAUAGCUUGGGAGCCGCGUCCAGUGAGGACUGUGUCGAGGUUGAGCCAACAGUUCCGUCAGAAGAAAAGGAUAUCAUUGGCUACAUCGUAGGACCUUUGGUGGCAGGGGUUCUCGUUAUAGCCAUCGCCAUUGUCGGCUGCUGGUUUCACCGCUCUCGUCGCUUUGAUAAGCCAGUCUUGCAAAAGAAGUCAUGCCUUUUUAAGGGUGGUCAUAAAAACCUAGGUCUCGAUGAAGAUAAUCUCGAUUUGAAAAAGAGAGAUUCUGAUUCAUUGGAGGAAGACGUGCAAAGUAGCGACGGUAAAGAACCAGUGUAUUGCGAAAUACCAGAACAGAAGGAGACUGUUUACAUUAACUCUAAUGUUGUUGCUGCUGACAGUAAGAGUCUUUACCAAGAGCUAAAUAUUGCAAAUAGGACAUCGAACACUAUCUAUGGGAAGAUUAUCAGUUCAAGUCGACCCUACGAAGUUAACCUCGCUGAGUCUCAGGUAUAAGUCCCUCUUCCCAGUAUCCGUAAGGCGUGUUCUCACCACUUGGUCAGGAGACCACAAACGCAGAGCGUAUUUAUAACUUGCGCCAUUUUUAGAAACUCUUUUUCUUUCUUUUUUGCCUCGGACAUUAAGUGCUACAUUUAAUAGUCUCGCUCAGGUAAACUGAGAAACCCAUUUUGGUCACAAAUUUGCACAUUCGUUUGGAAAUACUGAAUGAAAGAUCAAAGAGAGUUGCAGUUCUCGAGGUUUGGGUAACGUUCGUAUCAGCCGGAAAGUCACUCAGAUGAAGAUUAUAUAUUAGUGUAGUCAAAUCAUUUCGAAGAAGGAAAUCUGAUUUAGCUAAUGAAUUGUAGCAGAUUUAUUAACUUUUUAAAGAGUAAUGUUUAUCACUUUUGAAUGAAAAUUAGCAAUAUGAAAAGUGAACGACGUUUCGAUGAAUCCAUGUCAUAAUUAUCAAGUUCAAAAUACAUGAAACAAUUGCAUAAAUAUAAACAGUAAAAAUGGUGUCAAAAUGUUUAGGGAAUAAAAAGUGUGUUAAAGUAUUUAAUUGUCGUGUAAAGAGUUUUUAUCAAUAAUGUCUAUUAAAAAAGCAUAUAUUAUAAGGUGUGUAAGGCAGACAUUUCUGGUAUAAGCCAUGCAUAUUUGCCAUGUACUGCUGUAACGAUUUUGUCCAAGAAAUGCCAUUGACAAGAGCGAGAGGAGUCUUAUUGUAUUAUAUUCUGAAAUAAAGAUAAAUAACGCGUUAUCUAAAUGUCAAUUAUAAUUUAGUCACUCCUCACAACCGUGGAAGUUACACUUUGUAUAAUAGUAGAUGAUUUAAGAAACUGUUAUGUUACUAAUUACUGUCAUGUUCGCACGGACGUGCGGUGCACACGUGCGUACCUCCGGAAAUUCAGGAAAAAAAACUAUUAUACGGUGUAGUUAUACAUUUAUUGGUGAAAA